GUAACCAAAACGAUAGAUUGAUAUCGAAUGCAGACGAAAAGUCCACAUUCUGCUGACUAUUAGAACGAAACAUCGUGUUUACCGAGAACUCAAGUCGUAGGACAGAAAUUGCUGCCGCAGUACACGAUUUCACGAGAUUAAUGAACAUUUGCUGAGUUAGCAAUCCUAGAAAAUACUUAAUACAAUGUUAUCACCGGAGCAAGAGGAGUUGUCUGCAGAGGAAUUAAAAAGCAAGUUAUUCCACUCAUUUAGAGAAAAGGGAGUAUUAGAUUCUUUGAAGUCACAGCUUCGAAAUAGAUUGAUUACUGAACUGUCACAUGGUGGAAUAACGGGUAAAAUACCAAGACAUGUAUCAGUGAAAGAUGAGUCGUUGAUGCUAAGGGCUUCUAACAGUAUCUUAGCUGAUCACCUUAGACGAUGUCAUUACGAUUACACAUUGUCAGUAUUUUUACCAGAGAGUGGAACAGGUCAAGAUAAGUUAUUUACUGUCAGGGAUCUACUACAACUGCUACAAAUUAAUCCUCAAUCUAAACUUUUCAAAGAUUUGUCCUCCAGUAUUACCACCUUCACAAAUGAGAGUUUUCUAUGGCAACUGUUGACACAGCUUGCUUCUAGGUAUCAGGGUGGAUGUCAUGAUAAAUCAUUACAAACAGAAGGACCUCCUGUCUGUUUUACUUCAUUAGAUGACAAGUUAGAUUGUGUGGAGCAAGCUUACAGUAAUAAACUAGAUAAUAAUGAACUUGGUGGAUCAUUGGAAGAGAGACUUAUGUCUCAUCGCAGGCAGAUAGAAGCACAGGCAAGAACUGAUGUCAAUGCAGAGAUUCUAAGAUUCAAAGAGAAUGAUCUGGCUAGAGUUAAACUGGAGGAAAGAGAAAAAGCCAGAAAAGAGAUCGAGCAGUCCAGGAAGGAGAUGGAAAGAACAUAUCAGAUUAAAUCAGAUGCAUUAGGUGAAAGAGAAAGACAUUCAUUGGAAAGAUUACAGAAAGAAAGAGAGAUUAUGGAGAAAGAGACGUUUAUUCAGAGACAGAAAGUACUUGAAGAAUUAGAUUCUCUGCGAGUCAGAGAAGCCACAGUGAGACGAGAAGCUGAUCUUAAUGCAAAAGCUGUUAAAAUUGAGGAGGAUAGAAGAAGAGCAAUUGAAGAUAAUUUAAGAAAAAGAGAAGCUGCUGUGGCCAGGAUAGAAGAAACAUAUGAGCAUCAACUCACAGAAAAGAUGGCAUCUUACGAUCUUGAACAGAAGUCCAAAUAUAUAACAAGACUGCAGUCUUUGGAGAUUUCUGAAGCCAGGAAUAAAGAGGAGACCAGACUUCUGGCAGAGGAGAGAGCCAGAGUGAAUUUAGCCAGAGAGGAUCUUAAAGAAAAAACUGCAAGAUGCAAGCAGCUUGAAGUAGGUGAAAACUGCUCAGUUGUAUAUUGUGUACAUUUAUAUCAAUUCUAUUCUCCAGAAAUGUAA